AUGCCUUCUUUGAGCUCGAUUCUUUGGCUAGGAUUGUGCUCCGCGCACCUGGUGUCCGCAUCUCCAAACCCACUGAGCGUGCAGAGGCGCGCCACUUCCGACGACUCAGGCCCCGCGACUGUGGAUAUCCCUCUGCACUUCGAUAGCAAUGGUAGGUAUGCGUUAGGUGUGGGCAUUUCGCCAGGAAACAAUCAACAAAACUUUAACUUCACAUUGUCGACCAGCACAGGCGUGAUAUCUGUGGCAGGGUCAGAAUGUGCUUCUUGCGUGAAUACGAAUUUGUUCAACGCAGCUGAUUCGGGUACUGCCAAGUCGUUGAACGGCACGGAUGGUGUUUCCCUCAUAGGGGGAUCCUACAGUGGAUCGGUCGUCAAGGAUAAUUGUAGCAUGGUCACCUCGGGAGCCCCCUGGAUAUACACGAACCAAACUAUACUCAUUGCUCAGCAACAGGCCAAUGGCUCAGUCUUCGACAACGGUAUCUCGGGAUUGAUCGGGCUCGGUACGAAUAGGGUCUUCGCCUCGAGUGGCGAGACGAGCUCGGGAACGAACUACUCGGCCAGCUUCAGCGACACCAUUUUCAGCAAUUGGCUCAACAAUAACCAGGACCAGGCUGCAUUCCAAUUUGGUAUGAAUCUUGAACCUCCUGCGAUCGUGCCCACGACCAGCUCGAGCGCCGUGACCACGUUGCCCUCGUCCGUAAGCGCAGGGACUCUUAACUGGCUAUCACCUGAUACGAGUGUCUAUGACACGAGUUCGCUAUCGUACAAGACUGUGGAAAGUUACCAGGGGAUUACUUUCGCCACCGGCAGCCAACCAGAUUGGACCGUGGAGCUGGAUGGCUGGAUGUUCAAGAGCGGGAGUGGGUCAAUCUCGAACAACACACAGAUGGUGACCGUGGUGGAUCCGUAUUACCCGGACAUCUAUUUCCCGUAUGCCGAAGCUGCGUUGAUCAAUGCUGCCAUCUCUGGCUCUUCGCUGCAGACCGGCUUGUCGAGUCUAGGUAACCAAUCACAGGCAUGGACGGUGCCGUGCGACGCGCAGUUUACAUUCUCGGUGGUCAUUGGCUCGCAGACGUUUUCGAUUGACCAGUCGGCGCUCGUAAUUCAACUAGGCAAUGGAGUAUGUGCGAGUGGUAUCGAGGCGUGGAGUGACCAGACCGUGGACGAACAUCUGCUGGGUGCCCUGUUUAUUCAGCAGUUCUAUCUAAUCUUCAACGUCGGACGCAAUGGCACAGACACAAUUGGCUUUGCUUCGAGGUCUACGGGCAGCAAGUCGACCAGCAAAGGUGCAAUUAUCGGCGGGACCAUUGGCGGCGUACUCGGUGUUGCCCUUCUGGGACUAGUUGCGUUCUUCUACAUUCGCAGUAGGCACGACCGUGCGCUUCUGAAGGACACUGUCGCCAUGGUCGAGGAGCACAAGACCGCCAACAGGGUUGAGCCGUACACUCUCGCUGCUGCGACGCCUCUGUCUCCCCUCAGACCCGCCACACAUUCUCAAAUGUCGAUCGCGUCGGAGCCAUCUUCGCCUAAUGCGGAGGACAGGCUCCUUCAGCCCUCCGUGCAUCCCGACGACGAAAUCGCGCCGCCAGCAUACGAAGCGUCGGAGAGUGCGCGCGGGGAUACCAUUUCGCCCCAAGCUGCGAUGCGCACGUCGAAGGGUGAGUAUGUCAUCCAGGGCUCGUCGCAUUCAGAGUCUGCGACCUCUUCGACUGUGCCCCGGUCGCCGACCUCCCCACUAGUGCCAAAUCGCCAGCUAAACGUUUGCAAUAUCGAAGAAUGA